UCGAUUGAGCAUGAGGAGAAUGCUGCUCUUCGGACGAUUCGGAGCUCGAUCCAAGCUCUGGGGAGAGGAUUUGAUGUGAAUUUUGAUACUAGGUUGCUAUACUGCAAAGGGGUUGGUGGAUCUAGGGUUAUUGAGGUUGACGAGGAGCAUACAAGGGAUGUGCUGGCCUUUGAGGGAUUGGUGGUGCCCGGCGUUUCGAGGGAUGUGAGGUGUUUUCAAGAGGGGCAAUCGAGGCAGAUCAGUGGCGUUUGCACAUACACAGAGAUGGCUGAAUAUUUUAACAGAAAAGCUCUUCUACUAGGAAAUGUUCCCCUUGGGAGUUUCAAUUCUGCAUUUAGCUUUAGUGGUUCCAAGAAAAUAGAUGCAGCAGCUACAAAAAGUCUUGCAAUGUAUGGAAUGGUCAUUCCUUUAUGUAAAGUUCAGCUUGUUAAACAGCCUUCUUCAUUACAAGAAGAUGUUAGGCGUGCUGUACCACUUACAUGGGAACCAUCUUCCUUAGCAAGAUUUAUAGAAAAUUAUGGAACUCAUGUUAUCACGUCCGUUACUAUUGGCGGAAAGGAUGCAAUUUAUGUUAAGCAGCAUAAAUCAUCGCCCUUGUCAACCAUAGAGAUAAAAAGUUACAUUCAGGAUAUCGGAGAUCAGAGAUUUUCUGAUAGCGAAAGUCAUACCAGUUCAGGUCCAAUGAAAUUGAAGGACAAGGCUGUAGAUCCUUUUUCAUUUAACAGUCAAGGGGUAUAUCCACAACCACCUAGUGCUCCCUAUCUUAAUGCAAAAGAGGAUGUUACAGUUAUCUUUAGGAGAAGGGGAGGGGAUGAUCUCGUCCAAAGCCACAGCCACUGGGCGAAAACCGUCUGUUUUGCUCCUGAUGUUAUUGAAAUGACAUUCUUACCAAUCACUUCUCUUCUUGAUGGCAUCCCUGGGAAGGAUCAUCUCACCCGAGCAAUCAAUCUUUACCUAGAAUAUAAACCUCCGAUUGAGGAGCUGAGAUACUUUUUGGAGUUUCAAAUCCCUCGGAUAUGGGCUCCUGUUAGAGAAAACCUUCCAGGACAUCAAAGAAAAGACCCAGUUUGUCCCCAUAUGCAGUUUAGUAUAAUGGGGCAAAAGCUUUAUGUCAGCCAAGAGCAGGUUUCAGUUGGGCGUAAGCCCAUCACUGGAUUAAAACUAUGCUUAGAAGGAGCAAAGCAAAAUCGAUUAUGCAUCCAUGUUCAGCACUUAUUAUCCCUUCCGAAGAUCCUCCAACCAUAUUGGGACUCUCACAUUGGCAUAGGAGCACCCAAAUGGCACGGGCCUGAGGAACAAGACAGCAGAUGGUUUGAGCCUGUAAAAUGGAAGAACUUCUCUCAUGUGAGCACAGCACCAAUCGAGCACAAUGAAGCUUUUAUUGGAGACCCAUCAGGUGUCGGUGUGCAUAUAGUCACUGGAGCCCAACUUGGUGUUUGGGAUUUUGGAACCAAGAAUGUGUUGUAUAUGAAACUCCUCUACAGCAAAGUACCAGGUUGUACUUUGAGGAGAUCACUGUGGGAUCAUAAUCCUGGUAGUUCAGGUGAGAAAUCAAAGAAAUCAAUAGGAGCUUCAUCGACAACUCCGACUGAUUCUAGCUCAGGCUCAAGAGAUGCUACAGGGAAGCUUUUGAAGCUUGUAGAUAUGUCAGAGAUGGUUAAAGGUCCAGAUGAUAUUCCCGGACAUUGGUUGGUGACUGGAGGAAAGCUUGGAGUUGAGAAGGGGAGGAUUGUUUUGAGAGUGAAGUAUUCGUUGCUGAAUUUCUAGAAGUGCAUUAGCUUAGUCUCGGAGAAUGUGCAAUUGAGCAAUGUAUAAUAUGGGGAAUAGAUAGGGUGUAUGAGUAUAUGAUUUGAGAAGGAUGGAGUUCUUUUCUCUUCGUUCUGUUUUUUGAGAAUGCAUCCUUUUCACUCUUUUUAGUAAUGGGCAUGGUACAUAAGCAUUGUGCUGUGAUGUAGAAACCGCCGAAGGGAUUUUUUUUAAUGAUUAGUUUCCACACUGCAUAACUCUGUGGUGUAGAUUGUCUUUUGAGGCA